AUGGGACUCCUGGAGAAAUUUCGCUUCUCGGCUGUGGGCAGCGCCGCUGCAAAGCCGGUCUUCAGCAACGUGCUCACCCCGAGCCGCAUCCCGGAAUUCUGCAUCCCGCCGCGGCUGCCCGCGCCCUGCUCACCGGAGUCGCCUUCCCAGGUCGCUUCCCUGCCUCGGCGGUGCGCUGCGGAGCGGGAUCUGUGGUAUAGAGGAGUGAACGAGGCCGCAGGACUCACGGAUUGGGAUCCGCGUUCGCAGGCCGCGCUCUCGCUACCGCACCUGCCCCGCGCGCGCACUGUCUAUGGCUUCUGCGCGCUGCUCGAGAGCCCUCACACCCGCCGCAAGGAGUCGCUCUUUCUCGGGGACCCGGGCGCCGCCGCGCUCCUGCUGCCGCCCGCUGCCGGGCCCGCGUUCCGCCUCCGGGCGCACACCUACAGCAGCGGUGGCGGAGGACAUGGCCCCCUCGCGCCCCAGGGCCUCCCGCGAGCCCCGAAUGGAGCCCCGGCCGCCACCCCCACCGUUCCCCGCCCGCUCUGGGACACGGUUGUCCCGCGGUCCCGGGGCCAUUUCCUCCUGCGCGCGCCCGACGGGCUUCUGAGCCGCGCGCUGCGGGCUCGAAGGAGUCGCGGCCUGGCCCGCGCUCGCUCGGUCUCCAGCGGUGAGGAGGACGAGGAUCCCGGCGUCCGCUCUGUGUCCCGGCCCUGUGACCCAUCCACAUCCUCAACACCUCCGCCCUCGGACCUGCGGCCCGAGUGCCUGGAGGCCGAGGGCACCAUGACUCUAGGCCGCGCCGCCGGCGCCUUGCGUCUGGCCGCAGAGUACUGCCCGGGCAGCCGGCACCUCCGCAUCCGGCUGCUACGCACCGAGGGCCUGGCCGGGGGUGCCUCCGAGCCCCGCGCAGUCCGCUGCCGCAUCAGCUUCGUCCUGCGGCCGCCGGGCAAGACGCGCAAGCAGCGCAGCGCAGUGGUCCGGAGGAGCUGCAACCCGGUGUUGGAUCAGGACUUCUGCUUCGACGGGCUUACGGAGGACGAGGUGCGCCGUUUGGCGGUGCGCGUCAAGGUCGAGAACAAGGGACGCGGGCUGGAGCGAGGCCGCCUGCUGGGCCAGGGUGAGCUGUUGUUGGGCUCCCUACUGCUUCUAUGA